ACAUUGGUCGUUUCCGCCGUGUAGCCCGCGUUGGUUGUUUCUAAAGAGUCAAUCGGAGUUAAGGCAGACUGUUGUCCACAGUCUGUGGUCAGGAGAACGUUUCUAAGUCAGUAUUCAGUUCUUAGUUAUUCAGCUGGCGGUGACUUUAAUAUCCAGUUUGUAAAAUUGGGCUUUUAAUUGUAAGCCAAAGCGUCUAAGUGGCUCAUAUGAGUCGCAGAGAAGUUAGCUAACGUUAGAAGUCAAGACACGUGGCGUCAUGAAGCAGCUGCCACCAGACACUGUGCGGCUGCUGUCCAGCUCCCAGGUCAUUACCUCAGUGGUGAAUGUUGUCAAAGAACUGAUGGAAAACUCCAUGGAUGCUGGAGCUUCAAGCAUUGACGUUAAACUGGAGAACUAUGGUUUGGAUCGGAUAGAGGUACGUGACAACGGCUAUGGAAUCAAAGCUGCAGAUACCCCUGUGAUGGCUGUGAGACAUUUUACUUCAAAGAUCUGUAGCCAUGAGGACCUGGAACAUCUGGAAACAUAUGGUUUCAGAGGAGAAGCGCUGGGGUCCAUCUGUGCUGUGGCCGAGGUGGCUGUCACCACAAAGACAGAGGAGGAUGACAUCAGCACACAGUAUGCACUGAACUUCACAGGGAAGAUUGUCUCUCAGAAGCCGUCUCAUUUAGGCCAAGGAACAACAGUGAGUGUACUAAAGCUUUUCAAGAAUCUUCCAGUGAGAAGGCAGUACUACUCCACUACCAAGAAGUGCAAGGAGGAACUGAAGAAAGUACAGGACCUGCUGAUGGCAUAUGCCAUUAUAAAACCUGACUUGAGACUCAUGCUUGUUCACAAUAAGGUGGUGGUUUGGCAGAAGGCCAAGGUGGCCGAUCAUAGAAGUGCCCUCCUCGCUACACUGGGGCCAAGUGUUGCUGCCAACCUGCUCCCUUGCCACCAUCACCAGGAGCAACCAGAGCUUUUUUUAGAUGGCUUUUUACCAAAGCCCGGAGCAGAUUACUCCUCUACAAGCUCAUCUAGUUCUGAAAAAACAUUUCUAUUUGUCAACAACCGGCCUGUCCACCAUAAAGAUAUCAUGAAGUUGUUGCGUCAACACUACAUUGCUCAGUAUCCGGAUGACUCAAGCAGAAAUCGUUUUCCCAUUCUCAUGCUUAAAAUCACAGUUUCACCCUCCUCAAUUGAUGUGAACCUGACACCGGACAAGACCCAGAUUCUUCUCCAUAACAAGGAGGCUGUGCUCACUGCAGUAGAGUCAUUGCUUGUUUCACUCUAUGGCUGUACUGACCCCCCAGCUGAGAAGGAGCUUGGCCAUGAGACAUAUGCCACGCCAUCUAGUCCUUUGCAGACUGAUGCUUCACAAGUGGUCAGCGAGCAAAGUGUGGAAAGGGAUGAGAGUCUCGCCAAUCACAGUGAUAAUUUCCUUAAAGAUGCGCCUAAACACCAUGCCACAGCCCUGUCAACGGCAAUAAGCACCAAUGCUUCACUGGGCCGCCAGAUGUCAAACAGCAGCUCUUCUUCUUCUGUAGCAGAGGACUGGAUUGUCAACCAGAUCCCAGUCCAACUUGAGUCUAACUUUUCUCUUUAUGAUGAUGAAAUGGCUCCGAGCUGCACUCGGGCAACAGAAACCGAUUCAGCCAGCAAAUCCCCAAAGAGAUGUAAGGACGAUGCAACAUCAGUUGCCGACACAAGCAAAGACCAGUUAGCAGCUGAGGACUGGAGCCGGGGGACGGCUCUGAUCGACCCAUUAUCAGGAGAACCCCUGCAGCCCAUCAAAAUCCAUCAACCCUCAAACCACAAUCAUUCUGACUCCGCUGAGGUCAAGAGUCAGAGCAGUUCAAACAAAAAGCUGCUCAAUGCCAUAACAGAGAAGCAGGCUACUCUGACAGCUUAUGAUUUGAUCAGCAACCAUGCCCUGAGGGCACCACUGUCUCCUGCUGCCCUCUUUGAGAAGAAGGCCAGAGCUGAAGUGCUUAAGGAAAAACCCACAGCCAGCCUGCAGGAUAUUAGUAUCACUGUUCACGAGAGGUGGAAAAAUCUGAGGGAGGAAGAUCGUAAGAAGUAUGAGGAGAAGGCAAAAAAACACUUGGAAAAACACGAACAAAGGACCAAGGUGGUCUCUGCUGAAGGCCCCAGAGAGCCAUGUGUGAGCACCCCAAGGAGCCAUGGGCAGGGCCAGAAACGCAAGGCCCCACCAUCCAACCAGCAGCUGCUGGACGAACUCUUCUCUGUGCAAGCCCAAAAGAAGACGAACCCCAUACCUAAGCCCUCAAAGCUCCUCCCCUGUAGCAUGGUUGCUCUUCGGCUUCAGCUUCAGCGCCUCUCAUCCCAGAGCAGUGUAGUGCCAAGUGACCUCCGUCUUGUAAACCGACUGGCCUCUCAGAGUGCCUGGGUUAUUUUAUGUGGUCAGAGGCUUAUGUUAUUGAACCCAUAUCGAGUGAAGGAAGCCAUGCUGUUUAAGAGACUUCUAGAGAAUAAUAUACUUCCAGCAGUGAGUCUGCAGAACCCUAUACAGUUAACAGAUGGACGUUUAGGGGGUGCUGAGUAUACAGAGGCCUUGUGCAACAUGGACAAACAUAGUCCUGAACCAAAUGGACAGGUCUUCUUCUCUGAUCCCAGACUUGUAGCGAAUGGGUUUAAAAUCAAACUCAUUCCAGGUCUCACAUCAGCCGAGAGACAUCUGGAAGUGACAGCAAUAGCAGACUGCGUGCCUUUCCUCGGUGUAGAGGACCUCAGGGAGAUCCUGACUGCCGUUCUUCGCAGGAAGGCCAGGACCUUGCAAGAGUGUCGACCACUUAAAGUCACAAACUAUCUACAAGGCGAAGCAGUACGACUUGCCCGUCAGCUUCCUACAAAUCUAUCCAGGGAAGAUGUGGAGGAGACCGUUUUGCAAAUGGAACAGCAGCUCGGUGAGAACAAGAGAACCUGCAUCCAUGGACGACCAUUUCUCCAGCACCUGUUUGACAUCCCUUCUACAGACCUGGAAGCUAAGGCUCUGCUGAGGCCUUUAGAGCUGUAACAAGUGGACACCUCAAUGAAAACACGCAACAGUGCAAUAUCGGUGAGGCAGCUGUGCCAUUUUCAUGCAGCUGAUUAUUCUCCGUGUCAACUACCUAAUUUUUUUUACAUUCUAAUCAAAUGAUGUUCAACCACAACAUACAAAUCAACACAUUUUUCCAUAGUAAAACUGAGCAGACUGUGUAGUGAUGAGACAUUUUAUGCCUUUUACCAGGUAUGGCUGGCCAAAGAUAACCACAUGUAGUUGACAGCCAAAGUAAAACUCCUGAGCCAUUUGCUACUGUUUGAAUUAUAUAUUGAAUGUUUUGGCUUUGCAGAUUGAUUCCUUCCAAACUUAGCGUUUUUUGGAUUAACAACAGCCAUUUUCAAACUGCAGACUGAUAGCUGACUCUAACUUCAUUUGAAAUCGUUAUUGGCAAGCUCCAAACCAGAGGUGUACACUGUGCCAGCAAGUACCCAUAAUUCUUUUCCCUCAUUUACUGCCAGCUGCUCAGCCUAUAGUUUUGAUAGAUAGUUGUAUAUUAUCCCUGCCUGCAUUAAAUGCACCAAAGAUUUGCAGUGCAGUUUCAACCACAAAGUUGAUCAAGUUGUUGUCACUGUGCUAGCUUGUAGUGGUGUCACUUCCUAAAGGCAUCAUUCUGGUGUUAAGUGUUGCUUGAGGUUUCCUGUGGGGAAACAAACUGAGCUAGGCUGUACCCAGCAAUGAAAAAGGAUGAGACUGGCAAAAGUAUAUAUUAUUUUAAUCAUUCAUAUAAUUUCCUAAUCACUUUUGAUAGACCUGAUGUAAUGAUUUGGUUGUGUCUCAAAAAGGGAUAUAAGUGAAGGAAAUUCAGUUUUGUCAACACAGAGGUAUUGUGUUCUGUGAUAGUCCCAUGAGAUUUUCUCUCAUCACCUUUUUAUAUGGACACUGGGAGAAGUGAAAUCUGAUCACUCAUGUUAUCAUAAUAUUAUAGUUGGGAUCCUGAAAGGUCAAACCACAGCACACGUCUCGUUUUACAUGCUGCAGGCCUAACACUGCAAAGCGCCUCUGGGAAUGAGUAAAUACUGGUGAGGACCCUUACCCCUUCUUGCACUCAUCGCCCCUCAGCUUUUUGCCCCUCACUCCUGCAUACACUCUGGUUUUAAACGUCUCAGUGUUGCUUAUAUCUAUUAAUGCUUACAGUAACAGAAUCUACAAUAUACAUGCUGCCUUUGGCACCCAAGAGGCAUAUCAGAGUAAUUGGGGAGGAUUAACUGAUGGCCAUCUUUAAAAACAUGUGACCACGCGGUUCAAAAGGUCAGCAAGUACUUUUUUGCCAGCAGCCUUUUAAACCAUUUGUCGCAUUCUUUUUUUGUUUAUUGUUGUUUUACAUUUUGUGCAACAAAUUGUGUUUGCUAAUGAUUAACCCAUCAUAAAAAAUGGGGGGGAAAGGAACCGUUUGGGAAUGCAUGCAAAAUGUUGACUAUCAAAACCUUGAUAUGAGAGUACUCAUUUCACAUGGCGUCAUCCAGAUAGGUGUCUGUUCUCCGAUUACUUCACUAAUGUGCAGCGCUACUGCUUCUCAGGUUGUGAUCAGCAGUCAGGGCAACUGUACACCGCUCUCACAACCAAGAAGUAACCAUGCACUUUUAACAAAGUCAUCUCAUCAGAAAUAAAAUGACAUGAACUAUAAUAAGCCUCUUUUUGGAACUGCUGCAAGAAGAAGUCACGUAGAGUACCCGGCUACACCGGUUACAAGCACCAUCUGCUUCCGUUUAGAAAUAUGACACUAUGCGUGGAGAAAGACAACAUUUUUAUGUCCCUUUUAUGGGAAUUCAGGAAUACAUAAAUUUGUCACUUUUUUAAAUAUGUCAUUAAAUACAAAAAGAACAUCUCUAUUUAAAAACAGUAAAUCAUCACGAUGUUGUUAAAUUAAAACUAUUAUUCACUAAAGAAGUGCCGCCUUAAAAUCAGGCAUCAUUUUGCCUAAAAUGCCCACAAAAGGCACUCAGUAUGCUACAUUGGAAGUGGUUGGAUUUGUCACACAUCAUAUAUAUGUAAUAAUAUGUAGUAAUGUAUGUAAUAAUUCAUUUCAGGAAUGCUGGUCUUAAACCCAGAACAUCCCGAUGCUACAUGUAGCGCUGCCUAAUUUUUGAGAAUGAAUCAUACAGAUCUCCAUAUAAAACUUUAUUAAAAAGUGAGAAAUUUCCUUUCCAAUGCAAUAUGUAAGGGUAAUAAAACUGAUAAAUAAAUAGAAGGGCUGUGGGAUUGACUCUGCCCUGAAAAUAACUUGAAGGAUAAGGUUGGUCUGUUUCUCUGUUCACACUCCCCAUACAGAGACUAAAACCAGCAAUGAAUUGAUUGUUCUCACUGUUAAUGUCUGUUAGUCCUGAAUUAGCUUACUCGUCUGGGCCAUAGGCCUCCACUGUUGUUCAAAAAUGAUUAAAAACACAUCAGAGAAACACAAUGCUGCACUAGGUGACAUGUUCCCUCAUUCCGACCCUAAUAUUUGUUAAAAAUAUCCUGAGGUCUUGUGCAUGAACAUUUGAAUUUGACUCUUACUUCAGAGGUUGUAAAAAGUUAUGGCCGUUCGGAGCCUUUGGGACGACAUUUUUUCAUAACAGACAUUUACCGUGAGUAGGGGCAAAUCAUCAACAGGUCCUCCAACCUAUAGGACCCUAAUGAUCAUUUGUCCCUUCCCCCUGAUGGCGUCUCAUUAAAUAUCAUCCCUGCAGUCACAGGAAGAAUUGCAGCAAUUCUGCCAACAUUAAUGUCAAUGUACGUCACACUGCCAAGCUUUAUGGACCUUUGUCAUCAUGGAAACAGCCAUAAACAUGAUGACUAGCUAGCAGCAAGCUACUGGAAUUCUGUCAUCUUAAACUCAUAAACAUGAUAUUACAAUUAUGAGACUGUCAUUGUUUCAUUGCUGCACAAAAACUACUUGGGUAGGUUUAGGGAAAGGCUACUUGGUCACAUAUAGCAAAAGCAUGUUGUUACAUUUAGGAACAAAAACUCUUGAGAAAUACAAGCUAAUAAUAGAAUUGAGCUCUGCUCUCCAGAGGGAAGCUCCUCUGUCCUGUGUACCUUAAGGUGUUUGCUUUUUUUAUUUAUUUAAAAAACUUGCCAUUAAAGAAUGUUUGAAUCAGAUGAAAACAAAGCUCUUGAAAUCUGUCACCAAACAUCAAAGAAGGACUUAAUCAAGCAUCUUAAAACUUAUAAUCAUACCAUGAUCCAAACAGAAGCGCCUAUAAAAUCUUUCUUGUAUGUAAGCUUAUAUGUUUUAGCUGGUAAUUGGAUGUGUGCCUUGCUGUGACAGAGCACUGUGGCAACCACUGAAGAGCCACUUAGUUUUUAUGGCCUUCAGACUCAGGCUAAUGUGACAAGUUUUAAAAAUAUCCACAGGUUCUCAACUGCUGGAGAACUUAAAGCCACACCACAUUUAAUUUCAUGGGUCAUGGGCACCCACAGUAGGGCCACCAAGUCUGCUCUUUUUAAUUUUUAAGCAGUAAUUCCCAUAUCAAAUUUCAAAUUAUACUCCAAGACACGAAUGAUAGAUUUUAGGUAUUUAAAGAGAAGUGGAUGUUUGGGUUAUCAGGAAGGCGACAAGUGGAGGAAAUAUUUCAUGAUGCUCAGCUCAAGGAGUAUCUUCUUUCAAGGAAUAUUUGCACCUGAUACUACCUGGAAGUUCAUGCGAUGUUUUCGGCUUCAAAGGGAAUGGUGAUGGUCAUUUUUUUCAAAUAAAUAUGCCAUAAACAUAUUGACAUGUAAAACAUUUUUAAAACUUGGAUUUCCUUCCAUACCAAUAAAUGUCAAGCUUGUGGAUUUAUCCACUAAGGCCUGCUACCCGCAGGACUGUCAACUCAGCUUCUUAUAAAAUUAACUGUGCACUGUAAUCUGUAAAAAUGUGUCAUAAAUGUUGUGUCUGAGAUGUUAGAAUCUCUCCAGUUCUCUUGACACAUACCUGAUACUACUCUUCAUCCAUCUGUGUUAAGAGCAUAGGCACAUCGUUGAGAGACAGGAGGUUUCCAUAAUCUGCCCUUCCUUAAUCUCCCUAGAGGAACAUCUAUUCUUCAUCACUGUCAACUCACUGUUCCCAGUGAGACAAUGCUUGGCUGCCUUGGACCUUGGAUGGCUUGGGGCCACAUUUUUUGCUCAUCACCUAACCCCUCCUCCCAAACAAACACUGAGGAAUUUUGUAAACAUAUCUGGAGUGAACACCGAACGUGUCCUCUCUCCAAACUUCCAGUAGCUUUACAAAGUCAUUAAUCAUGUGAUGGCUUCCCAGAGGUGACUGUCAAUUUUAGGGUAGGAAUAGUGAUUCCUCAUCCCUAAGUGAAAAAGCAAGCAGAGUGCAGACGGAAAGGUUAAAUCACUGAAGAAGUGAAGACAGUUAGCAUUCAGCAGCUGCUCCAUCUGGCCCUUAUCUUGUCCCAGACUGAUUUUAUUGCUUUUCAUUGCUUUCUGUUGACCCAAGAGGGAUUUUCACAAACAACCUGUCAAUCUGGACUGAAGUGAUCAUCAUCUGCUAGUUGUUUAAGUGAUUACAAAGUGGAUGUUAAACAUCAUGUCCUCGAUUAAGUGACUUCCCAGGGGCACAGCUGGUCAGAUAGACCCUAGAUGCUCUGUACGACUCUGACCAGUGUUUUUUUUAACAUGGAAUAGGACGACACAGUUUCAGUUAUUGAUCUUACAUUAGUGGCAAAACACUAAUAUGCUAUCAAUUCUUCUAUUUGUAAAUAUUCUGUAAAAAUCAAGCAACGCUGUUUUCUUUUAAAGAAUUGCAUAACUAAUUUAAUGAGUUUACAUUUCCCUGAUAACAGACAGAGGAUCUGGUUUUACAAAAGGUUGUUUCUAAAAUGUCAUUUUGCAUCUAAUAGUGGUUUCAACAGUCUGUAAUGCAAAGUAAUAAGAUGUAAUCUUUUUAGGCAAAAUGUAUGAGUGACUGAAAAGCCUUCAUGUUUAAAUCAAUACUACAAUACUAGGUAUUAUCUUUAAACCGUCAUGGUAGCCCCCGCAGAAGGCAAAAUGUUAAGGCCAGGAGAAAACAUGAAUAAACUGAUAUGGUGCCCUGUGGGGUUGUUCUGCCCCAACUACUCAGUAACGAGGACCCCACCAACGUUAUUUUUAGUUCCUGAAGAAGCUUUUGAAGCAGUUGCAAGAACAUUUAACAUUUUGAUUAUUGAUCGAAGUAAUAUGCAGAUUUCACAGUUCUUUUUUCUAAGUUGACACCAACCAGCAUGUGGUCAGUACCAUUUCUAUGGACAGUUUUGUAGCUAGCUGGCUGGCUGGCUAGCUAUGUAGCAAGGUGACUCCUGAUUCUUAAUCCCGCUGGGAAACCUCCGAUAGGGUUGGUUGUUUUUCCAACCAGGGAAAACCCCAGACCUUUUUUACAUCACUGAACAAAUCAGAGAUGUGUGCAAUGAUUCAGAGGUCUGGAAUCAGGCUGAUGUAGAAAUACUGUGUGGAGUAGAAAUCAUCAUUGAUUUUUCCACCAGUGGAGGCUCUCUGACCUGAGGUUGAGGGAUUUUUUCCCCCUCCAAAACAGAAUUCCAGUGCAUUAUUGCUGUAAGCAUUGUUGAAGUUUGUUUCAGAAUUGUUUUCUAACCUAGCUCACAUGUUCUCUUCACUAUUUUCAUGGUUUGACAGCUUGAUCUGUCAUCACUCUUGAAGCGUGCUGUUGUCAAGGAAGACCUUUGCCACAAAAUGAUCCAUCAGCAGAAACACUUCUCCAGAUGCUAUGGUUCGUACAUCUGUUAGAGGUUCCAGAUGUUUUUGGAUGCACCUGGCAAGCCCCUUUUCUCUCCACACCCGUUGUCCAUGGCCCUACACCAUGUCCAGAAUAGGGCACCUCCCUCCUUUGUCCAGAUGUGAGGGAAAUCUUGAGGCCUGGCUGUAGAACUGUGAAGAAUAGAAAUGUUGUUCUUACAGUAUAGACCUAUUGUAUAUGUUGUCAAUCUUCAAACCUUCAUGAACUGUAGAAAGCAGUUGUACAAAACAUGUACCUCUUGACUUUGGUGAUUCCUUGAGAUAAGUAUACAAAGUACUUUAGUCUUUUGAAAUCUGUCUGUUGAACGAUCUAUUUUUUAAAACCCCUUUCAUUAUCAUUACAUUUGAUUGGUCCACCUCUGGUCCAGACUGAAAUAUCACAGCAUCUACUGGAUGGAUUAGCAUAACGUUUGCUACAGAUAUUCAAGGUUCCUUGAUGAUAAGUAAUAAUGACUUUGAUAAUUCCCUGACCUUUCUUUAGUCCAGUGCCAACUGCAGGUCAGUGUUUUCACUUGCUACAUGAACUAUCUCAGUCUACAGUACUGCAGCCCCAUUUCCAGAAAUGUUGGGAUGCUGUGUAAAUUGUAAAUAAAAACAGAACAAAAUGUUUUGAUAACCCCAAAUUCAUUUGGCAGCAGUAUAAAAAUAAGAUAUAUAAUGUUCAAAUUAAUAUAUUUUGGUUUAGAUACACCUAUUCUGAAUUUUAUGCCAUUAAAACAUUCCAGAAAUGUGGGGCAGGCACAACAAAAGACUGGAAAAGUAAAAAAAAAAAAAACACCUGGGGGAACACCUUGCACAUAAUUAGGCUAAUUGGGAACAGAUCAGUAUCAUGAUCAUGAUUAGGUAUAAAAAAAGACCAUCCCAGAGUUACUGUGUGGCAGUGUGCUGGCAUGCACAUCUGUGAAGGCACCAUUAAAGUUGAACAAUAUAUAGAGCAAGAUAUGCCAACAUCCAGACAAAGUCUUUUUCAAUGAAGGCCUUGUUUGUUUCAGCAAGACAAUGCCAAGUGUUGUUAAAAGAAGUGAUGCAACACAGGGGUAAACAUGUCCUUGUCCCAACUUUUGUGAAAUGUGUUA